AUGCUGCUGCACAUGAGCGCAGAUUAUCAUCACGUGGUUGAUGACUGUGAAGAGUCGUGGGUCGCGUGGGCGCGUUUGAAUACGCUGUACGGCGGGUCGCAGAAGGCUGGACGCAUCUACUUGAAGCGUCAGCUGUUCAGCAUGGAGAUGGCGGAAGGCGGCAAUGUGAUGCAUCAUUGCAAUGAGGUCCUCAACAUCAGCGCGAAGCUGACUAGCAUCGGCGCCAAGAUGGAGGACGAGGACGUUGCGAUCUGCUUGUUGCGCAGUCUCCCCAAGAGUUUCGAGAACCGGCAAGGUGACCAGACGACAUCGGUGAAGACUGAAGACGCGGCCAAGGCGUUCAGUACCGAGCGUGAACCGCACCAUUGCACGUACUGCGGAAAAUUGGGGCAUACGGUGGACCGAUGCUGGACCAAGCAGAAGGACGAAAAUCAAGGUGGAGCUCGACGCGGCGGCAACAAUGCUCGUGGACGCGGAGCCAACAACGUUCAGUGGCGAACCAACAACAACAACAACGACGACAACUACGAUCGAGUUGCGUUCGCGGUUUCGCUGGAAACUGGACUUUCGACGGGCAAGAAUAUGCCAGGGAUGUGGGCGGUCGACAGUGGUGCGACGCAUCACAUCUGCAACGACAAAGCCAAGUUUGCAAGCCUGAAUGAGCGAGAGGAAGGCGAACUAUCAGUGGCUGAUGGCAGCAAGGCUGCGAUCAAGGGUGUGGGAACCAUCAUGGAACGGGUGGUUCUGCCCAAUGGUGACGAACGCGACAUCGAGAUCAAGGACGCACUGUUCGUACCAAGCGUGAGCAAGAAUCUGCUUUCGGUGCCACAGAUCAACAAGGGUGGCAGGUUCCAAGUCGUGUUCGAUGGAUCCAAGAUGCAAGUGAAGCGCAAGAAUUCCACACAAGUUGCGGCAACAGCGGAUCUCGUCGAUGGACUUUACUGGCUGCGGACUCCUCAAUGA